GAGAAACACAACAGGACAGAGUUCAGUUCCACCACACUGACUCUUUCAGUCUGAGGUCCAGACCAGAAUUCUGAGCUGCUCUCUACUGUCCAGACGUUGCAGGGGGACCUUUAUGGAUCAGAGAUUUUGGGGGACUUCAUGAUGCCUCUACAUUAAACAAAUACAUUUAACUGGACCUGGAUUCCAGGGCCUGGUACGUAGGAGUGUAAGUGUGAGUGGAGUAGAACUCAUCUGUGGGCCGUGGCACCUUGGCGUGUGUGAUCAGCUGGAGCGGAGUGAUCAUCAUCAUCAUGGUCUCGCUGGUUGCUGGAGUAACCUUGGUCGUACUGGUUUCUAUGGUGACACUAGACUUGGUGUGUGGGGGACAAGAGGGAGGCGAGGACUCACGACUCGCACACACUCAUCUCACACAUACUCAGCGGCAUUACACACCUCAGACUGGAGGAGCGAGGAGCACAACGUUCAGCUACAUUCAGAGGACUGCACGUUCUGGCAUAUUUCAAAACAAUGGCAUAUUUGAGGGCAUCCGCUUGGCUGAUGCUGAAUCAGCUGGUCCGUUUCAUGGGCAUGAAGAUAAAGCCAAAUUUAAGAAUGAAAAGAUGGAGAUUGCCAUGAGGCAGCCUAAUGCUAUUGAUGAUAAUGAAUGUAAUGAAAUUAACUGUAUUGGUAACUUCAAUAAGAAUGGCAAUGCUGGGCCAAAGCAUAACAGCAUAGGUAAUAUUGAGUUUAAUGGAGUUGUGAAGAAUACAGUGCUUACUGAUGACCCAAUAGGCCACUCUGAUAAGGGCCCUGUCGUGCUCACGCAUUCUGGCCCAGUGCGUGGACUCACCUUGGACAAAGCUCAUGUGUUUUACGGCAUCCCGUAUGCAGCUCCUCCUGUAGGCCCGAAACGCUGGACUGCCCCUAAGCCUGUAUCACCCUGGACACAGCCAUAUGAUGCCACCUUUCCUAGGCCUGCAUGUAUGCAGGUUUGUGCUGGGGAGUUCUCAGAGAUGUGUCCUCCUAAGAUAAGUGAGGACUGCUUGUAUCUGAAUGUGUUUGUUCCACUGAGUGUGGACCUAUCAAAGCCAAAGACCAAAGCCCUGCCUGUUAUGGUGUGGAUCCAUGGAGGUGACUUCAUUGCUGGCUCUGCCUCUAAACCUCUGUAUGAUGGACGCUUCAUUAGUAACUACAGCAACACUUUGGUAGUAAAUAUGGAGUACCGCUUAGGAGCGUUUGGGUUCCUUGUGACUGGAAAAGACCCUCAGAGCUCUGCAGUUGGAAACUAUGGAAUUCUGGAUCAACAGGCAGCACUGCAGUGGGUCCAUCAAAACAUUGCUGCCUUUGGUGGAGACCCAGCCAAGGUGACUCUGUUUGGUGAAAGUGCUGGAGCACAGUCCGUUUCUUUGCACCUCAUGAUGCAGAUCAGUGAGCCUCUGUUCAGACAUGCUGCCGUUCAGAGUCAGCCAUUCUCCAUCCCACUCAAAACAAGGUUUGAUGCCAUGAAGCUGGGCAGGGACUUUGUGAAGCUGACUAACUGCUCUGCGUCUGACCUGGCAUGCCUGCGCUCCCUCAGCUCACACACCAUCCUCAAAGCUCAGGUUAAAGCAGGUUCUAAAAUCAUCAACCCCUUCCGCUUCUUGGAGAUGUUUGAGACCUGGGGCCCAUACAUCGAUGGACAGCUGCUCAAAGAGCAGCCAAUAACAGCCUUCCAAAAGGGUCGCUGGCAAAGCUACAAGCCUGUGAUACUAGGAACUACAUCUGAAGAAGGUGUGAUCUUCGUAUAUGGAGUCUUCACUGAGUCUGUGUCCGUGCUGGAGUGCAUAGUCUACACCACAGCCAUCUUCAAACAACACACUCUCAGCAUCCUCUACAAAUACGUGCCUCUCUACCACAACCAGGACAGACGCAUCAUGCUCUCACAGAUUGUGACAGACUUUGUGUUUCUGUGUCCAACUCGACGCUCAGCUCGCUCUGCGAUAAGUUUGGGCGGAUCUGUCUGGAUGUAUGUAUUUGACCACUCCCCUUCUGAUCACAACAUAUGGUCAGGACUUACAUUCUGUUACGAUCGUGCAUGUCAUGGGGCGGAACUUCCCUUCCUGUUUGACUCUGCCCCAGAGACAAACCUCACACUCACAGCUCAGGAGACUCACUUGGCCAAUCAGAUGGUGUGUUAUUGGGGCGCUUUCGCUCACUCUGGAGACCCAAACUCCCGCACUGAGCAAACUCCUUUCUGCAGUCAGCAGCGGCUUCCUGUCUGGCCUCGGUACACGUCUGCAGAGAGCUGGCCGAUACUGAAUUUCACUCUGCAGUCUCACCCUCAGCAUGGAAACAGGGAGGACAUCUGUGACUUCUGGGAUGAGCUGGACAUUUAUUAAUAGAAUACACUCGUGAUGUUUUCUGAGUUGCAGUCAGGAGUUCAUAGAUUAAAGCUGUUCUCAGCAGAUUUUUGUUCAGUA